CCGACGCCUCCUCUCCCCCCGGCCCCCCUUCCCCCCUUGGUGAUCACCGCCCUGCACCUGUACGCGCUUCACGCUUCACGUCGCAUCACCGCACCAACACCCACCUCAUCACCUCCAUCGCACACUGUGCCGCCAACGCUCAGCUCGACGACGACGCAGCACGGCGGCCACAUCACCCACCCGUUCCCUCAACUGCCCCCGCCAACAAUAGACCCACGCUAUAUUAAACCUUCGCAGUGUCCAGUGACCUGCGACCUGGCCGGUCACGGCGACUGAACACCCCCUACUCCACAUAUCUGCGUCGUAUCCCCCUCUCCUACCUCUACAUUGCAUUCCCCUCCUCCAUGAAGUCACCAACCACAACAACCCGCCCACACAACCGCGCGUGGUGGAAGCGCCUCCUCCCCACCCUCACAGUGCUGGGACCACGACCCGACCCACAGGCGCUGCACCACCUGGUCAACGAGCUCGGGUUCGCACCACAGGCCGCGCGGCGUGCGCUCGUCUCGGCCCACAACGAGCAGGAGCGCGCAAAGAACCUGCUCGUACACGCCAAACAUGCUAAGUAUGCCCCGCCUGGCCGGCCAGUCCCCGACUGCCAGGUGUGCAUCGCCAACGCCCAGCGCGCCCGCGAGCUCGCAACCAUUGUCGAGCGCGAGCGCCAGCUCCUCCAGGAGCUCAAGGACGUUCGCCGGCGGAAGCGGAAGCGUGGUGACAGCGCAAUGACGCUUCCCAGUGCCAAUGCGCUGGGUGUGAGCGACAAACGCCCAGCAAUGGCCCGUGUUGGCGGCGGCAGCACCAUUGGAACAGCAGCGCCGCCGCCUCUGAUUCAAGGCGCCGCUGUCAUGGCCUAGACCGUUGAGACCGUUGAAUGGCUUGCAUGACGCGCCACUGUCUGCCUUGUUUCGGGUAUCUCGAACAAAUGCGUCAACUGCGGCAAUUGCGUCCGCCAAGCACAACCCAAGCACCCCCGAAAUGGUCUUCGACAAGACUGCAUAUCUCAUCUUCCAUCUCAACUCCUACACAUCUCCCUCACUCAAGUUACACUCCCCCUCGCACAGCAGAGCGCUGCUCACCUCAUGGCAUUGCAUCUGCAUUCCCCUUCCCAUCGCUCAUAACCAAACACAACCCAACGACUACCACGUUCCCAUCAUGGGUAAGUUCGCUGGCCUGCUGCUGCGCACUGGGGUUUGGGCGUGUGACUCACCAAGAUCUCCCAGCCACCAUGCCCACCCCGCUUCCCGUCCCGAGGCCUCGACGCUCAAAUACCUCCCCUUACCACCCACUGUCGUCGCCCGACGCACCUCCGUCGUACCACUCGCGCACGCUGUCAGCGUCGGCUGCGCACGCGCCUAGCUCGACAGGAGCGCCUCCACCUCCACCGGCCGCGGCCCCUUGGUACCGGCGUUUCUUGGCGCCUGCUGCGCCGGACCCAGCAUCCGUCGCAGCCCUAGUUCGCCUUGGAUACUCGGAGUCUGACGCGUCCCACGCGCUCCAGGCGACGCAAGGCAACCUCGAGGGCAGCGCCAACUUGCUUGUGCACGCCAAGCACGCUGCGACCCAGGAGCUCGUUGACGGAUGCCCAAUCUGCGAGCAGAUUGUUGUCGCCCGCGCCAAGCCUUCAGCCAUUGAGGAAGAGCCGGCCGAGACUGCGGCUGCAGAGGACGACGACCAAUCCGCCCCUCUCUUCCUCAACCACCCGAGCAUGAUUUAGCUCUCUCCUCUCCUCCACACACAAACCGACCGAGCCCAUGGUUUAGCUCUUCGGGGACGUUACAAAGUCAAAGUCUAAUGGUGUCACGCGACCUCACUAGGUCGGUGGUCGGUGACGCCAUACUUCAUUUACUGUUUGCCAACUAGUCUUCUCAUCGUUGUCACUUUCUGUACUGUUGUAAAUGCAUCAAAGUAGUAGCACAG